AAGAAGAAGAAGAAGAAGAAGAAGAAGAAGAAGAAGAAGAAAAACCAAAACAAAACAAACAAACAAUAAAAAAACAACAAGAAGAAAAGUAGCAGCAGCGAUUAGCUGUCUGCUUAAAUACCUACAGGGAGGGGAGAUCAAAAUACGAAUUCAGCUAUGGCGGCCGAGAUUCAUUCAAGGCAACAGAGCUCCAGGCCUGUCCUCCUGAACAAAAUCGAAGGGCACCAAGAUUCAGUAACUGCCGCAGUCUUAAUUCAGAAAGAGGACGGAGUCAUCACAGUCAGUGAAGACAGGUCUAUUCGAGUAUGGCUGAAGAGAGACAGUGGACAAUACUGGCCCAGCAUUUAUCAUUCUAUGUCCUCUCCAUGUUCAUGCAUGGCAUACCAUCAAGAAAGCAGGCGGAUCUUUAUAGGACAGGACAAUGGAUCAAUUGUGGAGUUUCUUAUUUCUGAAGAUUUCAACAAGAUGAACCAUGUAAAAACCUAUCCAGCUCAUCAAAGCCGUGUGUCAGAUAUGGUGUUUUCCUUGCUGAGUCAGUGGGUGGUGAGCACAGGAUAUGAUAAAAGUGUCAGCUGGAUGUGCACCCAAAGUGGUUCCAUGCUGGGAUGCCACUAUUUCAGCUCCUGGGCCUCAUGUCUUCAGUAUGAUGAUGAUACCCAACAUGCGUUUGUUGGUGACUGCUCGGGACAAAUCAGCCUGCUGAAAUUGGAAAGACAAACAUAUUCCACCAUAACUACUUUGAAGGGACACGAAGGAAGCAUAGGAGCGCUGUGGUGGGACCCGGUGAAUAGAUGGCUGUUCUCUGGUGCAUCAGAUCACAGUAUAAUCAUGUGGGAUAUCGGCGGGAGAAAGGGCCGCACACUGUUACUGCAGGGACAUCAUGAAAAGGUUCAGGCUCUGCACUAUCUGCAGCUGUCUAAGCAGCUGGUCUCCUGCUCAGCUGAUGGAGCGAUUUCAGUCUGGAAUAUGGACAUGCCACGGGAGGAGGCUCCACAGUGGAUGGAUAGUGACUCAUGUCAGAUGUGUGAGCAGCCAUUUUUUUGGAACAUUAAGCAAAUGUGGGACACUAAGACCUUGGGUCUCAGACAACACCAUUGCAGGAAAUGUGGUAAGGCAGUUUGUGGGAAGUGUAGCUCUAAACAGUCGACCUACCCCAUCAUGGGCUUUGAGUUCCAGGUGCGAAUGUGUGAUGACUGCUACAAGACAAUAAAAGAGGAAGAUCGAUUACCUAUGGCUGUGAUCCAUGAAGGGAAGCACAACAUAUCUCACAUGGACAUUGACAUGUCUAGAGGCCUUAUGGUCACCUGUGGGAAUGACCGUAUUGUUAAGAUAUGGGACAUGAACCACGUGGUUGGCUACAACAAUUCAGGGGGCUCUUUCUGAGUGAUUGAAGCAUUUCAAACUUCACCCAUGAUUUCUUCCAACAGAAGCCCCAUACAGAAGCUCUCAACUUUUUAAUACACAAAACUGGCCUCUCUGUAGUAAUAUUUCUGUAUGCCUCUGUAAACCUCUCUCUGUUUCUGUUUCUGUCUCUCCCCUGCCUUAUUCAACUCAGGUGAAGAACUGUGAGUUUGAUUCAGGCUCUAACAGUGACCCAUAAAUGCAAUUGACAUUGCCACAGAAAGGUUCUGUAGGAUAAAUAUAAAGGUUCUGUAGAUAAAGGUUCCCAUUAUUUAUAUAUAUAUAUAUAUAUAUAUAUAUAUAUAUAUAUAUAUAUAUAUAUAUAUAUAUAGUGAGAGCGAGAGAGAGAGAGAGAGAGAGACUAAUAUACACCGAUCAGCUGUAAUAUUAAAGCAACUAAAAAACAAAAUGAAUAACAUUGUUUUUCUUAUUACAAUGGCACGUCAGGUAAAUUUAUACAUGUUAAAUAUAUUACGCAGUGAACAGUCCAUUGUCAAAGUUGGUGUAUAGGAAGCAUAAAACAUUUAUAAGGGCCUUUUUUUAAAGAGGCAAAUUGGGAUAGCCAAAUGACAAGCCAGAUUUCUUGGACCACCCCACAAGACCUGUCAUUUUAGAGACACUGUAACUUCAUGUCAUGUAGCAGUCAAGUAGCAGUUUGUCCCCUCUUAAGGUUCAGAUUCUUGCCAUUCUUCUAUGUUUCAUUUUUACUUUCAACUGACUGUUCAUUUGCUGCCCAUUAAAUCCCAACCCACAUGUGCAGUGUACAGUGUGUGUGAGAGAGAAAACCUUAGUGAGGUAGGAUGCUUAUGUUGUGCAAGAACUGGUGCACAGUCAUUCAGAAGGUGUUUAGGAGAAUUAAGGUCAGGGCUUUGUGCAGCUCAUUCAAGUUCAACCUUGGCAAAGUUGCUGCUCACACAAUGUUUUUAUUUUUUGCACCAACUGUUGUUUGGUGCCACAGAGGCUGGUUUGAAAAUUGGACAAGCCAAGCUGUGCUUUUCACUUCUCCAUUCUGCUGUGAACAUUAAUCUCUGAGCUGCAUUAUUUUUGUAGCCUGCCAUUAAAAUGGUCUGAUAUUUGCAUGAAUGACAGGGGUGCUCCUAAUAAAAUGACCAGUAAGUGUAUAUGGUACAGCUUCUCUCUCUCCCUCUAUUUCACAGACAGACACAAACACACCCACAUACACUAACUUGUUCAUUCACUACAUUUGUCCUUUGAAGUUUCUUUGAAUGUUUCAAAGUUGCCUUUGUUUUGUGUGUUUUUUCAGUGUGCACGCAGAUGAGAAUUUCCUAAGUAAUUUUUCUACUGUAAACAUGUCCAUGCGAAAGCUGUGAACAAAUAUUGGUGUUUUUUUUUGCUUUUUACUAACGAAGUGGUCACCAUAGGGCGUGGCUUCAUAUUUUUUGGUCAUAAAAAAUAAAAGCCUUAAUUAAUGUCA